CAAGAUGCUGUAAUGAAACCAUCCAGAUGCUAGUAUAUCCUUGUAUACCUAGCAAAGGAGACGCUUUACCUCAAAACUACACUAAACACGAGAACUGAGCUUCCUAACUUGAACGGUGAAAUGGAAAAAAAGCUUGACUUGGCCUUGGAUUGAAACCUGAACCUUUCGCACGUAAGGCCAACGCUCUACCACAAAAGCCUCUGAUUCCGUUUCAUCACUUCAAGUAGACUUAAAAUCACAAGAUUCCAGCCCCAGAUUGGAUUUGUUGAACUUCUUAUCUUAACAUACCCAUCCGCCCUCCUCCAUUCUAGUGUUUCAUACUAAAUAAAACUGAAGAUUCACUUAUUUCCCAAUUUUCCAUUAGCAUUGACCAAACCUCAUCCCCCUCUUCAAUUGAUCCUCAAUAGCCAUUUAAAAGCUAAAAUUUUAAUUAUUUUUCACAAUUUUCUAGUGUCAAAGCCUUAAUCAAUCAUCUCAGCAAGCAGAAUCUCUGAGAAUUUUACAUAAAUAUUCAUUUAUUUUUUUUAUUCUCAUUUUCCCCUUAAAAACUGAGUCUCUACAUUAUCAAACCUUCCAGCCAAUCUAUAAACAUCUGAUCAUUUUAAAAAAAUCUGAGUUUCUCGCAAUAUAUUUCAUGACGAAGUGAAGGCAUCGCCGACAGUAGCUGUUUAGUUGUUUCGUGAUUUAGAAUGUGCAUUGUUCACUUUAAAAUGAAGCUUGACUUUAAGUUGUGUCUGUUAUUUUUAGCAUGUUUUGGAUCUAAUUUUGGGCAACGUGUCACAUUUAUAGGAUCUUAUUUUGUGUCACCAAAUGAAAAUUACAAAUCCGUUGUUCUUACAAAUGGACUGAAAAGUUCAAGGGUUGAAGGAUCUCUUGAAGGAUUAAAUAAAAUAAAUUUUCCAAUCUCAUCACAAGAAAAAUUCAAUUAUGUCAAUGUUAAGGCGCCAAAAGAAGGCAGCGAUGGAAUUAAACUUGAAAUGAAAGCUGAUAAAUGCACUCAAAAAUCAGUCAAACUGAUCAGCACAUCUGAUAAAUCAAUAAUCUUCGUCCAUUUCGACAAGCCAGUCUACAAGACUGGAGAGGAGUUCAAGUUCCGAAUUUUCGUACUCAACAACAAUUUAAGGCCGCAUCAAAAUCAUGAAAAUAUUGAAGUUUUAAUUUUUGACUCUAAAGAAAAUCCAAUAAAAUUAUUUAAUAAAAUCAGAGCUUCAAGUUUUGGAAUUUUCGAGGAUUCAAUUAAGCUAGCGGAAGCACCAAACUUAGGACAGUGGAAAAUUCGUGCAUUUAUCGGUGAUAAAAAAAUUUCAAAAUCAUUUUUUGUAUACAAGCCUGACGAGAAUGGAUUAGAAGUAGCAGUUGAUGCUCCAUCAGCUAUUGCACACAUUGAUAAAAGGCUGUACAUCACAGUUCAUGUUAAAGACAAUAUUGACAAGUUCUUUGUUGGAACUGCUGACAUUUUUGUCAAAGCUAAAUUUAAAAAUGCAAAUAAAAAUCAAUUGGAACAGCACGUAAAGACGGUGGACAUUAAUGGCAACAAAAAAGUCAUUCCAGUUGAUUUUGAUAAUGACAUUGGAAUCAGAUUUCCAACAGCAGAUAUGAUCCUUGAUUUCGAUAUUGUUGUUAAAGAUCAAGCCACUCAGAGAUCAUUUACAGUCAAUAAACAAAUCGAACUGAUUUACAAAGGAAAGAAUACAAUUCAGGUUGUACGAAAAAAGUAUUUCAAGCCAAAUUACAGGUUUAAUGCAAGAGUUAAAGUCAAACUACUUGAUGGACGUCCUGACAAUUCAUUUAAUCAACUUUCUGUAGCUGUAAAAUAUAUAGACAAAAAUUCAAAAGCUAUUAAUGAACAGAGUCAAAUUAAUUUGAAAAAUGGAGAAACUUUGCUAAGUUUACAGCCAAAAGCUGACACAAUUAGGAUUGUCCUUGACUUAAAGUUUGCGGGAGUUGAACAUUCGGAAAAAAUUGAUCGAUUUCCUGGUAUCGAAGAGUACAUGCAAGUUAGUCCAACUAAUAAAAUCUCAAAAUCCAGCAGCAAAGCCACAUUUGCAGUAAAGGCAUCUGAAGAAAUGGAACGUUUACACGUAGUUGUAGUUGGAACCAAAGGUGUUGUUUUUAGUCAAGACUUUCCAGACUCCAUUGGAAAGGAUGUUGUUAAUUUUGAAGUUCCAUUGAGUGAUGACAUGAAACCAGAGGCACGUGGAUUGGCAUUUUAUAGCCGAAAUGGCGAAAUGGUCUACGAUGAGUUUUCUAUCAGCACUAGAUUUUCUGUUGACAAUGAUCUUGAAAUCACAUCACCAGAAACUGCAAAACCAAAUGAAGUCAUCAACUAUGAUGUCAAAACGGAACGUGGAUCGAAAGUUUACAUCACAGCCGUCGACCAAAACCCAACUUCCUUAACUAUGAACAAUGAAAUAUCUAGAAGUGAAAUCUACAAUGAGUUGGUCUACUAUCUUAAUUUCAAGUUCCCAAAUGCUUCAAAGUAUCAUUUUGAGAAAUUCAAUGGCUUUGUUUUUGAGCCUGUUAUGGACGGAAAAUGCAACGAUAAAGCUUUAAGAAGUGACAGAGUUGAGUCUAGUAAUGAAGAUGGCAUGAAUGCAGUUAACAUUCCAACAAACUACUUCCCUGAAAUCAUGAUUAAUGACAAUUAUGACGCAACGUCCAGUAAUGCUGAAAAAAGAAGCAUAAAGAUCCCUGAAAGUCAAACAAGAUGGCAAUUAUUUGGUGUUUCCGUACAUCCAGACAUAGGCUUAACAGUCACCAAAGUUCAAUCAAAAAUUACUGUAAAGAAGGAACUUGCAGUACAAGUUAGAGCACCAACAUCAGCUUAUGACACUGAAGCUUUUACAGUUGAUGUUAGAGCCUUUAAUCCACUCAAUGAUCCUGUUAAUGUCCAAGGAACAAUCAAAGUUGAGAAUGGCUUUAUUGUUGACAAAACAUCAAAAACUGAGUUUGGACUUAAAUGUGAUAUAUUAAGUUCCAGUGGUGCAAGGCAGAAGCAACUGUCGUGGACACUUUCACCAGAGCAAAUUUCAAAUCCAGUAAGUUUUCUGAUUCAACCAAAUGGACAUGGAAAUGUAGUCAUUAAAGUAUCUGUGUCUAGAGGUGGCAACAAGGAUGAUGUUGAGAAAAUUAUUGAAAUUCGUAAGCCUGGAAGUGAUUCAAAUGAAAAUGUCAACAGCAGGAUUUAUGGAAGUUUACUUGAUCCUGGUUUAAAUGGAUUGGAAACAAUGUUUGAUCGACCGAUGGUAACAGAUGAAGAAAAGAUGCUCAAAUUUGGUAUGGCAAUCACCAAUUACAAGUUCUUGACCAAAAUAAAUAAACUUAAUGACGAAAUAGCCAAAAAAGCUUUAAAUGACAUCAUUGCUGGCUAUCAAGAAGCAAUUGUCAUUCUCGAAAAUAUUUUACCGGAAUUAAAUUCAAGACAGCAAAUGGAUAUGAAAUUUACAUGGCUGGUGUCAAUGACUGCUCAGAAUCUGAUUGAUGCUCGAACAAUUACUUCCAUUGAUGAGGAUUUGAUAAUCAGAUCUUUAAAUGUCAUCAAAUCCCAACAAGAUCGUAAUGGAAAAUUCAAAUAUGAUGAAAAUGCUGAUUAUCAUAGAAAUAUUGGCGAUAAGUUCCGCCAAGAAAUUCAAUCAGCAUUAAUCAUAGCUGCAUUUUUGAAAAAUAAAUCCACAACGCAAAUCCAGAAAACUAUUGACUUUUUAAAGACUAAUGCUAGGUCAUGGAGUAGCUACCCAAAAAGCAUAGCUGCUUAUUCUCUAGCUUUGAGUGGCGACACAGCAACUGCAAAGUCAUUACUCAGAAAUAUAAAUAGUGUCUCUUAUGCUGAUGCUAAUUCAGAAUCAAUUGAAACUGCUUCAUACAUCAUUCUGACAACAGUCUUGCUGCAAGAGGAUCCACAAGAUGAAGUCAAAUGGCUUUUAAGUCAGAGAAGUUCAGAUGGAAGCUUUUACUCACCUUUUGACACUGUCCUUGCUCAUCAAGCUUUAUAUGAAUAUUCAAUCAGCAAGAAUAUGAGAACUCAGGGAUUACAAUCAGUUAAGAGAACUAGACAGGAUGAUAUUGAUGGAUUUUGGGUGUCAAUAGCUGAAGAAUUCGGUAAAAGCAAUGAAGUUAAAAUAAGUUUAAAAAUCGUCAAUAAUGGAACUGAAUUUGACAAGACGAACUUGGCUGUUGUUGAGGUUGAGUUUCCAAGAGGUUAUCGAUAUACUGGAUAUGAUGCUCAAAAUGACAACAUUGAGAAAGUAUCAGUCCAAAAUGAUCGCAGUCGUGUCUUGUUAUACAUCAACAAAUUUGAGAGGAAUCGAGCAUUUACAUUAACAUUGAAUAUGCUGAAAAUUUUUGAUUUUGAAAAUCACGAGCCAUCAAAAAUCACAAUCUAUGAUUACUAUAGAUCAAAUAUCAAGAGUCAAUACAACUAUAAUCUAGAUAGGAAUGCGGACAGCUGCAAGAAAACUGAAAUUGGGAAAGAAUUGAACACAGAAAAGACCAAAGCUGAGGAAAUCCAGCAAGAAGCGAAAGAAACAAUAACAAAACUUGAUGGUUCCAGUUCAGAACUGACAAAAGCUCAAAACAAUGCACCAAAAGUACUCAAAAUUAUUGAAGAUACUCAAAAAGAAGUCGAUCAGGCAAACACAAUGGCUACAGAAAUUUAUAAUGCUGGAUUGGAAGCAUCUAACAACGUUGAUGAAGCUUUGAAUGCAACAACAAUUGCAGAGCCAAGUCACGACUCAAAUGAUGAUACUGAGCAAGCUGAAGAGGAACCAGGAAUCAUUGCUUCAGAUGAGAUGUCAUGGGAACCUAAAGGAAAUUACACAAGUGCAGAUGAUGUAAGGAAAGAUAAUGCUGAAGCAUAUAGGAGGUACACAGCCGCUCAAAAUAAAGUAAAAACAAUCAAAGCAAAUAUUAAGGAAAUUGAAGAAAAUUUGAACAAAACUAAAAAUGGUGUUGAAACUGCAAAUGAAGCCAUAAAAGCAGCUCAAACGAAGUUGAAGACUGCACAACAAGAUGCUCAGGAACCUUUAAAAGAAGCAGAAGCACUAAAAAAAACUUCUUUAAAAUCCAUAAAUUCAGUUGCUGAUAUAAACACUAUAUCAAAUAUAAUGAAGACUGAGAUCAAUGAAAUCCACGAAAUUAUCACUGCUCAGCAUGCCAGAAUUAAUCAAGCAUUGAAAAAUGUUACAUUCUUAACAACGAAUGUCAGAACUACUCAAAAUAAUCUUCAAUCGUUAAUAAAUUCCAUCAAAUAUGAACAAAAUCAAGGAAUGAAGCAAAGGAAAGCUCCUGAAUUGAAAAGCAGGUUCAUCAGCAUUCAAACCUCAUUUCAGGCACUGGUUGUUGAGUUUGAUGAUGGAAAUAAAAGAGUUACAGCUAUCACAAGCUCAACAACAACUUUACUGAACAACUUCGAACAAAAUGGAAAUAAAGCAACAGAUUUAAACAAGAAAGCAAAGGAAUUCAUUGAAGAUGUUAGGAAUGAAAAUCAGGAAGCCUUAAAAGCUAAAACAAAUUCACGCAAGCUUAAAAAUGAAGUUGCAAGAACACAACAGGAACUUCAAAAGGCACAGAAACAACGAAAAGAAGCUGAAAAAGCCAAAUUGGAUGCCGAUAAAGAAGCCAGAAAGUUUAACAAAUUAUUAGCAAAUGCCAAAAAUGCUGAAAAGGAUGCAGAAGCCAACCAAGAAGAAGCGUUUAAAACAUACAAAAAAUUAUUUGAUAUUAUGCAAAAUUUCAGUACUACAAAGAAGCCAGAUUCUGCUAAAGAUACAGUUGCUACGGAGCCAACAACUACCAGCGUUGCAGCUUCUACAGAUGGACAAGCAAAAGUUGAUGAUGAAGACUUGGCAACACAAUCAACAAAUCAAAAUGAAGCAUCUCAAUCAAACGCAGUAGAAUCGAACAUAACAACAACAACAGUAGCUGCAACAACAGUAGCUGCAACAAUAACAGAAACAUCAACAUUACAUCAAAUAUCAUCAACAACCUUGACUCCGGUAAAGUCAACUAAAAAACCGGAAGGAGGAUCGGCAAGCCUUGCAAUAAAUGAUGACCAUAAUUCUAAAGAAAACUGCGCAAAAUGGUACCGAUUUUGUGAUUUUGGACUUUAAUGACAAUUGUUUGAUAAUUCUUAGGGGCUGUUCACUUAUUACGUAACGCGAAAAAAUGACUUGUUAGACCCCCCCCCCCUCGUAACAAAAUUUGUAUGAAAAAAAAAUUUCCUUGUUUGAACCGUAACAAAAUCUUAGACCCCCCUUCCCCCCCUAAAAGCGUUACGUAAUAAGUGAAUGGCCCCUUAAAAAUUUAAUGAUUUGACUUAUUUUUAAUAAAGAUUUGAACACC